AUAUGAUGGACGAUGUCCACACACAGUGAAGUGGCUGUAUGUCGGUAACAAUGUGGAUAAAGACGACAAAGCUCUGCAGACAUCACAGUCUGGCUGCUCUGCCUCUGUGACCUUUCAGUCUUCUCAUUUCAUUGUCACAUCAAACUCUGACUUAUUGAAGUGUGAAGUGACUGAUGGUGACAAAGUGCAGCUGUUUCCCUUCAGACUUCAGCCCUCAGGUGACGACACGACAGCAACAAAACCAAGACCAGAACCCACAACAACUACAACAACUGACAGCAGCAUGAAAAGAGGAACCAUCACAACAGCGUCUCCAAUCAGUGAUGAUUCAGCAAACCUAGAAGGUUUGUUGAGGUUCAUCAUCGUGUCUGUGGGUUUAGCAGCUCUCAUAAUAAUCAUGGUGGCAGUCAGCAUGUGGACAAGAACUAAAGGGAGAAAAACACAGAUGGAUGAAAACAUGGUGAGUUUUUAUAGUAAAGAAACAAAACAAAGAAACGGUCAAAUCACU